AUGAAUAUUGAAACUACUCUAACCGCUUGGUUUAAAGCCAAUCAGAAAUAUUCAGAAGCUCACACACUUACUUAUGGAAACUUUUUUUAUUGUUGGGUAUAUAACAAAUGGCAUAAAGAAUGGAAGCCAAAGAAAAAAGGACACACUAUUGGGCAGAUGUAUUUUGUACAUCCCAAAGCAGGUGAACAUUAUUAUCUUCGCAUGCUUUUAACUGUAGUAUAUGGUGCAAUAUCCUUUGAAGAUCUUCAUAUGAUUAAUAAUGUUCAUUAUCCUACAUUUAAAGAUGUCUGUAAAGCUUUAGAAGCAAGCCAGUUGCAAUUAGGAUCUCAGAUGCAUUAUUUAUUUGCCACUAUUCUUAUGUUUUGUUAUCCUACUAAUCCAGAAUUGCUUUGGCAAAAAUACAUCAUUGCAUUUAGUGAUGAUAUAAUGUUCCAAGCCCGUAUAGAUGCCAAAAAAAAUCAUACUAUCUGUAUUAGUAAUGACAAUAUAUACAAUAUAGCAUUACAUCAAUUAGAACAUAUUUUAGUCCAAAAUGGAACAAGCCUUAAAAAUUUUCCUAAUAUGCCUAUUCCAGCAUCAUUACCUGAAGAUUUAUUGCGCCAUAACUGA